UCUUAAGUUUCAACAACAACAGCUAUCUUCCAACCACUUACCCAUUUGUGGGUUCUGUUCUUCAAUGCUUCAAUACAACAACCAACCCAUUUGCCAUCAUUCAAAGCCUCUAUUUCUCGAUCCCCUUUAAUGGUUUGGGUUUGCUUUUUUCAGUCUCUCUCUUCUUGAACGCACUCUUGUACUUGGUAGGUUGUGCCGCUGAGGCCAUGGGCCCUAAACUCCACUGAGGUUUAAUGGCCACAGGGGUCUCUUUCUCCUCCUUCAUUGGCCUCUUUGCUCCUGUUUUCUGCUGUCUCGCAUUUAAUUCUUCCUCAGACCGCUCUGGUGAGCUAGAUGAGAUUUGGGGUUUCUGAUUUCUUGUCUGUAGACCUUGUGGGACGAGCUUUACACGAGGUUUCUCUGCGCAGAUCUCUGAUUUCUGUAAUGGGUCUUUGAGAUAAUGCUCAAAUCAUGCUUGCUCUCUUUCUUCCACUUUAAUUUACUGUGUUUCAAGCCUGAAUUGUGGACUUGCCAAGGUGGGAUAUACAAGCUUGAAGAGCCGACCUGCCGCGACUAAUCUGUGUUAGAAAUCUGUGAUGCAUUUCUUAUUUUCAAAUGGUUCUUGUAGGAUCAGACAAAUGUGAGGUUGGGUAGUGGUUGGAGUUUGAAAAUUUAUCUUGUGCUGAUAUUCCCACAAGGGAAGAGAUGGAGAGAAUGAUCCAACCUCCUCUGGUUGACACAACAGCUUGUUUAUGUAGAGUAGAUGCAGGCCUCAAGACUGUUGCUGGAGCUAAAAAGUUUGUCCCUGGCUCAAAGCUUUGUCUACAACCUAGCAUCAAACCAUCGAUACACCCAACUCGACCUAAGCCGGCUCGUAGUGACCGGAGCAGGAACCAAUCUCCUUUGCUUCCUGGACUACCCGACGAUCUUGCAAUAGCUUGCCUUAUCCGUGUCCCAAGGGUUGAACACCGUAAACUCCGAUUAGUUUGCAAAAGAUGGUAUCGUCUUUUGGCUGGCAACUUCUUUUACUCUCUUCGUAAGAGUUUAGGAGUUGCAGAAGAAUGGAUUUACGUCGUUAAGAGAGACCGAGAUAAUAAGAUUUCAUGGCAUGCCUUUGACCCCAUAUAUCAGCUUUGGCAGCCCCUUCCUCCUGUCCCUAAAGAAUACUCAGAAGCUCUUGGGUUUGGCUGUGCGGUUCUUAGUGGUUGCCAUCUUUAUUUGUUUGGUGGCAGAGAUCCAAUAAAAGGAACAAUGAGACGAGUCAUUUUUUACAGUGCCAGGACAAAUAAAUGGCACCGAGCCCCCGACAUGCUUCGUAGACGACAUGUCUUUGGAUCGUGUGUGAUAAACAACUGUUUGUAUGUUGCAGGUGGGGAAAAUGAAGGUGGCCAUCGGUCUUUGAAAUCUGCUGAAGUAUACGACCCAAAUAAGAAUCGAUGGACCUUCAUUUCCGAUAUGAGCAUUCCCAUGGUGCCCAUAAUCGGAGUUGUUUAUGAGGGUAAAUGGUAUUUGAAGGGAUUUGGGACUCAACGUCAGGUUCUAAGUGAUGUCUACCAGCCCGAAACUGACAGCUGGUGUCCUGUUUAUGAUGGAAUGGUUGCAGGUUGGAGGAACCCAAGUGUUUCCUUAAACGGACAUCUUUAUGCUGUCGACUGCAAGGAUGGCUGCAAACUUCGGGUCUACGACGAAGCAUCCAACUCUUGGAACAAGAGUAUUGAUAGCAAGCUGCAUCUGGGGAGUUCUAAGGCAUUGGAGGCAGCUGCUCUUGUUCCAUUCAACGGAAAAUUGUGCAUCGUUCGCAAUAACAUGAGCCUUUCUCUUGUCGACGUUUCGAAGUGCGAAGAUUCCGACAGUGCCCCCAGUGAACAUCUAUGGGAGACCUUAGCAGGAAAAGGGCAACUCAAAACUUUGGUCACAAAUCUCUGGUCGAGUCUUUCGGGUCGAAGUCGUCUGAAAAGCCACAUAGUUCACUGCCAGGUUCUUCAAGCGUGAAUUUUUUUUCGUAUUGUUUCGUAGGCCUCUCAUGCUUAUAUGUUCUACCAUUGUUUCUCUUCUUUACAUAUCUUAGAACCAUGGUUUGAUGCCAAACAUGGGAGAAUCAAUGCUAGUAUAAUCGAUCAAUACUACUUCAAAUAGUUCGGUCACAUGGACGAUUUUGUCCUCUGCCUCGAUUCUUUUUUCGUGUCAUCUGUGAGAAAGAAGGGAAACAAAAUUGUCCAUUCACCAUAAAAUUAUUUGUUGGAGUAUUGAACUGUUAGAGAACUGCUAUAGAACUGCAAAUAUUUGUGCAGCAGAGUGUCAGGGGAUUCAGAUUGUGACAGACCUUUGAGCCUUUCUUGAUAUCAUCUCAUAGCUACCAUACAGAACAUGAUCAUGUGUAUUUCCCCAAUUUCUCUGGAGAUUCUGCUGUUAUAGACUGCUGCUACAUGAGUUUCAUACGAUACAUAAUCAUUGUGUUCUUA